CAAUUGGGGCUCCCUUGUGUUAUUGGUACACAAAAAUCAAAAGCAAUCCGAAAUGAAAGAAAAUGAAUAGAGAGAAAGAAAAGCCGUUUAUCUACAAUGGUUAGACUUUAGAGGUUGAAGAAGAGCCGCAGUAUGCCAAGGGUUUUGGGAAGUGAUAAGAGAAGCCAUUAAUUUAGCACGAAAAUGGACCCAAAACAGAUAGCUCGAAUUCUGGUAGAUUUUCUGGAAGUGGCCAUUACUUCCAUUGUUUUCCACAAAGGUGUUUACCCUUCUGGAGCAUUCGAAAGACGAAGAUACUUGAAUAUGGUGGUUCAUAAAGCAAAGCACCCUGAACUGCAAGACUACAUUCACUCUGCUGUUGAUGGACUCUUUCCUUUCCUUGAAAAGGGAUCUGUUGACAGAGUAGCAGUUAUAUUCUUUGAUUGCGAGGGCAAUUUAUUGGAAAGAUAUAAUUUCAAGCUUCAAGUGAAUCAAUCUUAUGGAUCGAAUGUGGAAGAAGCUGACCUUGGAUUCUCUCUUAGAUCAUUUCUUGUCAAGCUCUCUUUGUCUAAGGACCUUUUAAGGGUUCUCCCUAGGGAUUGCAGGUGGGAAGUAACCGCUUUUUUCCAUUCUGAUGCUCAGAUUAGUGCAAGCAAUGAUCUGGAGCUAUGGAUACCAACAGACACAAAGCAAUGGCAGAAAGCUCCACUGAUAACUCCUAUAAAGUCCAUGAGUUCUGAACCUCUAGGUUUACAGUUGUAUAUGGAGCAUCCUACUUUGCCUGAGCAAGAAGGUUGAUCAAUGUAGUUCUUCUUCUAAUAUAGUCUUUCCCAACUUUCUUAAACCUGCCGGAGGCAAAGUUUAUAAUCUUAUGUAUUGUAUUAGUUUUGUAUGAAUGUGAAAUAUUGGUACACUGCUUGCAUUUAUCAACACUAAUCUGGUCAAAAUGGUCAGACAUCUCCUUUCA